UUACGAUGCACUCAGGAUACAUCAUUGUGCUUGGCUCAGGCAUAUGGCCAGAGGAAAAGUAUGGCCAGUGGGGAUGGAGGGAAGUGAUGCAAAAUUUCACAUUAGUUCUUCCCAUCCACCCCCACUCUGCCACUCCCCUUCCCCCUUCUGUAACUUUUGUGGAUGGGCUGCAGCAGUAACAAUGAGAUCAUGAGGUGCUCCAUGAAGGCCUUGCAGCAGGCUUUGUUGCCUCUGCUAGGGAAGUGGCUCUUCCCUGUUUCAGGAGAAUAGGGAGAAUAUUGUACUUUGACUGCUGAAGUCCUGUCACUGCUUUUAGUAGUGUUUGAUUAUCAACAGCAGUUUUAAGCUUAGCAGAUCUCAUUGUUAUACAACUAUCAGUUACCCAGUGGAGCAUCUGUAGUAACACACACAUACACACAUGUAAUUACUGAUUAAGGAGUAUCUGCCACCAUCCUGCCUUCAGUAUGAGCCCUGACUGCAGAGGAAGAGAAACAAGGUUCACACCUUUUUCGUGGAGGCUACAAGAAAUGUAUACAGAUAUCAUCAUUUAGGAAUCAGCAAGCAAAUUAUCCCUCUCUGGAAAGGGUAAUGUGGCUUGGGCUCUAGAAAUGGUGAAUGUUUGGAGCACAAGUUCUUUGAGGAGUGGCUGAGGGAGCUGGGGCUGCUUAGGCUAGAGAAAAGGAGGCUCAGCAGAGAUCCUAUUACUCUACAACUGCGAAAGGAGGCUGUAGCCAUGUGGGAAUUGGCCUCUUCUCCCAGGCAGCCAGUGACAGGACAAGAGGACCUAGUCACAAGCUGUGCCAGGACAGAUCAGGUUGGACAUUAGAAGGAUUUUCUUCACAUAAAGGGUGAUUAUAUAUGGAUUGUACAGGGAACUGGUGAAGUCACCAUCCCUGGAGGUAUUUAAGACUGGAUGUGUACUGCCUAUGUGUAGUUGACAUGGUGGGGUUCAGUCAGUGGCUGUUCUCGAUGAUCUGAGGUCUUUUCCAACCUAAUUAAUUCUGUGAUUCCAUAGAGGCUAAUUUGGAAGGCAAGGCUGGUCCGGCUUCCGAAGGCCUGAGCAGCCGGCCCCAUUCCAGCAUGCGGCCGGCCUGGCAGGGCGGGCCCGCCGCAGCUGCGGGGCCGGGCCGGGGGUGCGGGGCCGCGCCCGCGGUGCUUUAAUGCCGGCGCUGCGGCCCCGGCCUGCUCGCCGCCAUGCAGCGCUCCCGCCGCCGGGGCUGGCCGGGGCCCGCGGGCAGCACCCGCCAGGGCGGCCUCGCCUUCUACGUGCUGUGGGCUCUGCGGGAGCCGCCGCGGCGCCUCGGCUGGUCUCUGGUGUGGGAAGAUGACUGGAGAACAGAUAUUUUCAUGGCCUCUUUGAAAGAGAUGGACAAAGGCAACCCUGUGAGGCUUGUCCUGACUGUCAAUGGAAAGCUGCUCCAAGGUGUGUCCAGCAGUACACCUGCCCAUCCCUUCCUUGUACCAGAGACCACCCAGUCACCAGUGCUCCCAGUAGAUGAUAGGCCUCUUGGCCAGAACCUGGAGGAUCCUACUGGGGUUAAGAGUCAGAGCUCAGAGGUGGCUGCCAGAGCAUCCAGGCCUGUGAAGAAGGAUGUCCAGCCACCACUGAGGUCCCCUAUGGUGGUGCCCUAUGCCCUGAAGUCACCAGCUGGAAAGGUGGAAUCCAGUGAGGCCUGGAGGAAGAGUCCUGACCAAGGACCACCAAGAGUCCCCUCCAAAAAGCCCAGGAAAGUUUUAUUUGAACCCACAGCAUCGGAGAGAAAUCUUGAUGAAGAAGAUCUGGCUGUGAAGGAGCUGCAAGGCAGUCCCAGCCCUCGGUGGUGCCAUGCCAUGUGCCUCAGUGAUCUGGGGACAGCUGUUCUCAUUGGUGGACAAGGUGUCAAUCAACAGUCCUGCAGGGAUGCUCUCUGGAAGCUGGAAAUUGACAGUGAUUUAUGGCUUCCAGUGGGUUUCCAGCUACAAAAUGCCAUGCCAUCAUGCUUGCAUGGUCACACAGCUACCUACGAUCCUGACACCAAGCGUAUCUACAUCUUUGGGGGCAUAAGGGAGGACAAAAACUACAGCAGCAUCUACAUUUUGGACACAGUCAACUGGAAGUGGCUCCUUGUGGCUGCUAAAGGGAAGAUACCAGUGCUCACCUACCACAGUGCAACUAUCUACCACAAGGAGCUCUUUGUUUUUGGAGGGACUUUCCCCAGAAAGGCACCACUGGCAGCUGCACCCUGCAGCAAUGUGCUCUAUGUCUUCAAUCCAGAGCAUGAAAUUUGGUAUCAGCCCAUUUCAGAAGGGGAGAAGCCUCUGCCUAGGCUUGGGCAUUCAGCUACUCUAUUGAAAAACAAGCUGCUGAUUUUUGGAGGUCAGAGGUCUUCUCUCUACCUCAGUGACAUGCACAUUCUGGAUCUGGGUUUCAUGGAGUACACACCAGUCCCCCUCCUGGCAGGACAGCCUUCUGCACGUUGUUUUCAUGCAGCUCUGGCUGUGUCGGAUCAGAAGGUUCUGAUCAGUGGAGGCUGCAAUGCCAGAGGAGCCUUGCAUGAUGCCUUUGUCUUCCACCUAGAUACUCUUUCAUGGAGCACAGUGAUCCACCACGACCUCUGCUCUGUUCCCCGAGCUGGCCACACGUUGCUUGACCUGACUCCUCGCCACUUGAUGGAUAUGGACAAGGAAAACAAAGAGGAGCAGAACCUGCACACAGUGUUGGUCUUUGGGGGCUCCAACUGUGCUGGGACCUUUUAUAACACCACAGUCAAGAUCCAGCUGGACCUAGGAUAAUGCAUGAUUCUCAGAAUGAGCCUGAACAGCAAGGCUCUUCACCAGCCUAAAUACAGAUAUGGAUGGCAAUAAAUGAGUCCAAGCAACAUGGCAGUCCAGGAAUCUGUAUGUAGGUGAAUGCCACUUUGGUACAAGAGAUGUUUGGUUUCAUUUAGGAUGAGUGGAAUGGUAUUUACUGCUGCUAUUUGGAAAGUCCUCACAGGCAUGAUUCUGGUUUGGAGGUAUCUGGGGUAGGAUUCCCUUGGGCAACAGUCUGCAGCUGAAGGCUAGGAAAACACCUAAAGCAGUAUCUGAGGAUGGGGAAAAGAACAUAAUUUUCAGUGUAGAGGAGAGAGCUGGUUGUGCCUUGCUGUCUAUGGCACAGUCACCUAGCUUUGCUCUAGGCAGACCUUCUGUAAAUUCUGUGCACUUCUUAUUGCAAGGGGUGACAGAGUCGCUGACUUGGCUGUUUUAAGACCCCAACAAGGGUUAAGCUAUCUUCCAUCAGAGACUAGAUCUUAAUGUUUAUGUUCAUGGAACUGAUGACUGUGCUGUGGCUCUAAGGCAGCUCCAAGGAUAAGCACACUGUGUACACUGAUUCCCUGAUGCUCUUUCUGUAGAUGGUAGAAAGAAGUAGCCCCUGUAGAGAAUACAGGAUUGGCUCAAUGCCUCAGAGUUGUUUGUGGCCACAUUCCCCUACCCAAAUCCAUACAGAGGGAACUU